AUGAAACAAACGAAUGAAAAUAUUUCAACAACAUCUUCUGAUUUUACACAAUGUAAUGGUCAUCAAGAUGAAUUAAUAAAAAUUCGUAAAGAUUCUGAUAAUGACGAUGCAGCAACAAAUACAAGUUCAUCAUCAUCAUCAAAUUUAAAUAAUAGUGGAUUAGUAUCAUCUGUGCCAACAAAUACAAAUGAACUUAUUGUUUUACCUGAAUCAUCAUUUAAUAUUCGUAUACAAUCACCUGGUUUAGAUACAUUUGAUUUACCAGUAACAUCAAGUGAACUUGUUCAAGAAAUUCAUCAAGUUUUAAUGGAUAAAGAAGAAACAUGUCAUCGUACAUGCUUUUCAUUACAACUUGAUGGAAUUGUUCUAGAUAAUUUUACUGAAUUAAAAAAUAUUGAGAAUUUAAAAGAAGGAAGUUUAUUAAAAGUUAUUGAAGAACAAUAUACUGUACGCGAAGUGCGUAUUCAUAUAAGGCAUAUUAAUGAAUUAAUACAUUCAUGUGACAUAAUUGAUUUAUAUAAUGGUAAUAAUGGUUAUUCAUUAUGUAUGGUUAAUGAUAUAACAAAUGGAGAUAUUGUAUCGAAUAGUGAACGAAAAAAGGCCGCAGAAACGAAUGGAUUUGAUUUUAAUGUACCGGAAUAUCUGUUACCAAAUCAGAAAGAUAUUCUUCUUACACCUUUAUUUACAACAAAUAAUAAAAGUCGACCAUUACAAUGUUUAAAAGUAUUAUCAUAUAGUGGGUGGAAUCCACCAAAUGGUUCAAGAAAAUUACACGGUGAUCUUAUGUAUUUACAAGUAACAACAUGUGAAGAAAAGUCAUUUCAUAUAACAGCCUGUACAAAAGGCUUUUAUGUUAGUCAAACAACGGAUGAAAAAUUUAUACCUAAACCGGUGCAACCGAAAGCUAUAUUUCAUUCACUUGUUGAUUUAUUAAAUAAUAUUAGUCCAUUAUUUAAAAAGAAUUUUGCUACUAUUCAACGUAAACGUUGUACAAAACAUCCAUUUGAACGGAUACAAAUUCCCUGUCAAAUUCAUCCAUGGUUAUCACCACGUUUUGAUCAUACAAUAGAUUUUUUUCGCGCAGAAGAUGCAAAUAUUAAUAAACUUGGACAUGAAGAUCAUAUACCUGGUCAAGUACGUGAUUGGAAUGAAGAAUUACAAAUAACGAAAGAAUUAUCAAAAAAAACUUUACCUGAGAGACUUAUUCGUGAACGUGCGAUGUUUAAAGUACAUAGUGAUUUUGUUUCAGCUGCUAUUCGUGGAUGUCAAGCAGUUGUAGAUGGUAAUAUAAUGGCUAUCAACCCUGGCGAAGAAUCAAAAGUUCAUAUGUAUAUUUGGAAUAAUAUGUUCUUCAGUCUUGGUUUUGAUGUUAAAGAACAUUAUAAAGAUUUUGGUGGUGAUGCUGCUGCUCAUGCUGCACCCACAAAUGAUUUGCAAGGUGUUCGUGCUCUUAACACCAUUGACUUAGAAGGAUUACAUACGUUAGGUACUGCUGUUGUCGACUAUCGUGGUAUGCGUGUUACUGCUCAAACUAUCCCAAGUGAUGCUUAUCAAUUUUUUACAACUGGUCAGCAAAAAAUUCAACAAGGUUUACUUCGUGAAGGUUUUGAAUUGAUAUCAGAAGCACAUAAUUUAUUAAAUAAUGUUUACGGACCUAUGCAUCCAGAAAUUAGUAUGUGUUUAAGAUUAUUAGCAAGAUUAAAUUAUAUAAUGGGUGACUAUCAAGAAGCACUUUAUACACAACAUAAAGCUGUUAUGAUGUCCGAACGUGUAUUAGGUAUUGAUCAUCCUCAAACAGCAACUGAAUAUAUUCAUAUGGCACUUUAUUCAUUUGCAAAUGGUCAUUCAAUAAAUGCUUCGAAAUUACUUUGUCGUGCUAGAUAUAUUAUUUUAGCAUGCUGUGGAGAAAAUCAUCCACAAAUUAGUUUAAUUGAUAGCAACCUUGGAUUAAUCUUACAAUCAUACGGAGAUUAUGAAAAUGCUUUAAAAUUUAUGGAAAAAUCACUUGAAUUAAAUAAAAAAUUUUAUGGCUUAAAAAGUCUUAAAGUAGCAUUAUCUCAUCAUCUUUGUGCACGUAUUCAAUCAUGUCGUGGUGAUUUUCGAUCAGCAUUAAACAGUGAACGUGAAGCUUAUCAAAUAUAUAAAUUACAGCUUGGCGAUGAACAUGAACGAACACGUGAAAGUGCUCAAGUACUUCAACAUUUAACUGAACAAGCUGUUGUCUUACAAAAACGUAUGAAUGAUGUUGUUAAAGGACAAUUACUUAUGAUACCAAGCAUAACAAUUCAACAACCAAGUUUUCAAAAUGUUUUGGAAAUGCUUAAUGUUGUUAAUGGUAUUUUAUUUAUACAAAUUCGUGAAAAAGAUCUUGAUUUAUUACGUGAAGAAUUAGCUAAACAAUCAAUUGAUGAUCAACAACAACAAGCAUCAAUAUCUUCGAUUAAAACAAUAUCAGAAACAGCUGAACAAGCAGCAGCUUUAAUGGAUAAUGAAGUUGAUUGA